AUGAGAUUCCUCAAAAACCCUAUACCGCGACUGCGAACCAAUCUUCAUCACAAUGUCCAAAUCUUCCGGUUACAGCCUCUUGCCGAGUUGUCCGGCUCGCUGGGGGAUCUUGGGACUUUGCUUCCACUCAUGACCGCGCUGGUGAUUACCAAGUCUAUUUCACUGCCGUCCACGCUGCUCUUCACGGGAGCGGCCAAUGUGUUUACCGGUAUCGCGUUUGGCCUUCCUUUGCCAGUUCAGCCCAUGAAAGCUAUCGCGGCGGUGGCAAUAGCCCGCGAGUUCACCAUGGAAGAGAAUGUUGCUGCUGGACUGGUUGUGGCGGGGAUUGUAGGCGUGUUGAGUAUCACCGGCUUGAUCAAUUGGACUGAUCGCAUAACGCCUGUUCCCGUAGUAAAAGGUAUACAGGUCGGUGCAGGACUGUCCUUGUGUCUCAGCGCGGGCUCGAGCAUGCUUAUGCCAUUGACCUGGACAGGCCCCUGGUGGGGCGACAACUUCAUGUGGCUUGUUGCUGCCGUGGUUCUACUACUACUCACAUUCCUAUAUCCUCGAGUCCCAUAUGCCCUGCUCGUCUUCUCAAUAGGCAUCCUGCUUUCCCUGCUCGCCCCACGAGACGACAAUGUCACUCUACCCAGCCCCUCACCCUCGGACCCUACCAUCCCAACCCUCAUCCCUUCUCUACACGACUUCUGGAUCUCAACAACCACCGCCUCCCUCGGCCAAGUCCCCCUCACUCUCCUCAACUCAGUCAUCGCCGCCUCCGCACUCUCCUCAGAUCUACUCCCCUCACCCCCUUACCCCACCGCCCCAACCGUAACCCAACUCGGCCUCUCAGUCACCACCAUCAAUCUCCUCGGCUGCUGGUUUGGCGCCAUGCCCUCCUGCCACGGCUCCGGCGGUCUAGCAGGCCAAUUCCGCUUCGGCGCCCGCAGCGGCUCCAGCAUCAUCUUCCUCGGCUCCAUCAAAUUCGCUCUCGGCAUCCUCGCCUUUUGGCACUCCGCCACCAUAAUCGAUGUCCUGCACCACAUGCCCCGCUCCCUCCUCGGCAUCCUCGUCAUCGCCGCCGGUGUCGAGCUCGCCAAGGUCGGGGAGAGCGUCAAUACAGAUGCCCGGGAUCUCCGCGUCCUCGAGAGCGGCAAUGGCAGUGGCAGUGACAGCGGCAGUGGUGAAUGCGGUGGGGUUUGGGAUGGGAAACAGGUCAAGCAGCUGGAUGAGCGGAUGAGGAAGGAGCGCUGGAUGGUCAUGCUGGUUACGAUCGUAGCAUUAUUAACGUUUCGCAACGAUGCGGUCGGGUUUGUGGCGGGCUUGGUUUGGCAUUGGGCGUUUGAAGGGGUGAGGAGGGUGGAGGCGUGGAGGGAGAGGAGGGACGGCAGGCCGUUUUGGAGGCGGGUGGAGCAUAGUGGAAGGGAGAGUAUGAGGUUGUUGGCGCAUGAGGAGAGUGAUACGUUGGCUUGA